AUGGUUGGUCUUAGUGUAGUGCUGGAAUCUCAGAAAGGUUGCAUCAACAAAAAGACACCCCAAGUCAUUAACAAAACCACCAUCAUGCUUGGCACCAUCAACAAAAAACCCACUCCUCCUCCUCCUCAACCUUCUUCUAUUUUUCAGCCUCCCACUUUUCUAGACCAAUGCUUUCUCUGUGAGAAGAGACUCUUGCCCGGGAAAGACAUCUACAUGUACAAAGGGGACAGAGCAUUUUGCAGCGUGGAUUGCAGGUGCAAGCAGAUUUUCACGGACGAGGAAGAAGCUAUGCAGAAAGAGAAGUGUUCUUUGGCUGCAAUGAGACCCACAUCGUCUUCUCCUUCUUCAUCUUCCUCAACUUCACGUCAUCACCGGAAAGGAACAAGAAGCCGUGGAGGUGGUUUUCUUUAG